UGAUGAUAUGGUUUGUAACAUUUAUUAAUACAAGUACGUUAACAAACGCAGCUAGAAAUCGCCGACACUAAUCAGAAUGGAAGAACCCCUCGCUGAAUUGGAACGAGUCCAAACCCACCUCCUCCAACGCAUAUCAAAACUAGAACAACAUUCUCAUCUUCCCACAGAUUCCCCUCUCACCAAAGACCCUGAAAACCUUUCCGACACCGACACAGACACAGUCUCUCGUCUCUCUUCCAUUUUACGCACCAACUCCGUUAACGACUUCUCCUUCAAGAGAGUCGCUUCCGAUUACUACGACUGGCCUCUCGAAGCCCGCCGCAACACUCUUAGCGCCGCAUCGGUUCACCAUCUUUGUAAAAGCAUCGUUUUAGUUAACACGCAAGCUCCUUCCGAUGUCGUUGAUUGUUCUGAUCGAAAUAACUCUAAGUACUAUGUUGUCGUUGUUCAGUAUAGUGCUCGGUUCAAUGCUGAAGCUGUGAGAAACUUUUUAUACUCUCUCAACAAUGGAACUAUUGCCAAAAAGAAAUUCAACUUGAGGCUAGCCCCUGAGGAGAUAUCAGCGAAGUUAACCGGAUAUGGACACAAUGCAGUGACUUGUAUUGGCAUGAAAACAGACAUUCCGGUGAUUUUGGAUGAAGCAAUUGUUAAACUAACCCCAGAUUUCUUUUGGUUGGGUGGUGGUGAGGUUGAUCUGAAGCUAGGGAUCCGGACAUCCGAAUUAAUCAGAUUUAUCAAUCCAUUCAUCAUCAGUUGUAGCAGUAAUUGAUUUGUUGGUUAGAAUAGGGGUCAGGAAAAAUCAAGGUUACAUGGAUAGGUGUCAUUUUUAGCUUUCCGUUCUUGAUUUUUAUACGAUUCAGAUUGUUGUCAACUGAGGAAGAUAUUUAUUUUUCAUAGAAUUUUCUAAUCUGCUGAAGAUAUUAUCCUUUAUGUUCCAUAGAUUUAAAUGCAGCCAACAUCAUGGCUUUGUAUUUCAUUUUA